AUGAAGACAGACUUCCCGGGUCCGGAGAGUCAGAGGUUCGCCAAGGAGCUCAACCAGGUCUUUGAUACCAGGGCCCUCAACAUCCUGGCCGACUACAAGAGCAGCAAGGGUAACUACCUUGUUGAUGGGGAUGGUAACGUCUUUCUUGAUGUCUUCGCCCAGAUCGCCUCCAUCCCGAUCGGGUAUAACAACCCGGAGCUGGCCAAGGCGGCGGCGACAACGGACAUGGUCGACGCCAUCAUCAACCGCCCCGCGCUGGGCAACUUCCCGUCCAAGGAGUGGGCCGGCAUCCUGAAGUCGGGCAUCUUGAAGGCGGCGCCCAGAGGGCUGGACAACGUCUUCACCGCCAUGGCCGGGUCCGACGCCAACGAGACGGCCUACAAGGCGGCCUUCAUGUACCGUCGGCAGCGCGAGCGCGGCGGGCAGGACGCAGACUUCACUGCCCAGGAGCUCUCCUCGUCCAUGGACAACACCGCGCCUGGCAGCCCGGACCUGUCCAUCCUGUCCUUCAAGGGCGGCUUCCACGGCCGGCUGUUCGGCUCCCUGUCGACGACGCGCUCCAAGCCGAUCCACAAGGUCGACAUCCCCGCCUUCAAUUGGCCGCAGGCCCCCUUCCCCCAGCUCAGGUAUCCUCUCGAGCAGCAUGCCGCCGAGAACGAGGCGAGCGAACAGGCCAGCCUGUCCGAGGUGGACCGUCUCAUCCGGACGUGGCCCCUUCCCCCGGCCGCCAUCAUCGUCGAGCCCAUCCAGAGCGAGGGCGGCGACAACCACGCCAGUCCGUCCUACUUCCGCCAGCUGCGCGCCCUGGCCGCCCGCCACGGCGUCCUCUUCAUCGUGGACGAGGUGCAGACCGGCGUCGGCGCCACCGGCCGCUUCUGGGCCCACGAGCACUGGGACCUCGACUCCCCCCCCGACAUGGUCACCUUCUCCAAGAAGGCCCAGGCCGCCGGGUUCUACUACGGCCUCCCCGCCCUGCGGCCCAACAAGCCCUACCGCCAGUUCAACACCUGGAUGGGCGAUCCCGUCCGGGCUCUCCUCUUCCGCGCCAUCCUCGCCGAGAUUGAGCGGCUCGACCUCGUCGCGAACACCGCCCGCGUCGGCGACUACCUCUACUCCCGCCUCGAGGUCCUUGCCGCCCGCUACCCUGCUCACUUCGCCAACCUUCGCGGAAAGGGACAGGGUACCUUCAUCUCCUUUGACAGCCCCAAGCGCGACCAGUUCGUCGCCACCGCCAAGAAGCUGGGCGUCAACAUCGGAGGAUGUGGCGCCGAAGCUGUCCGCCUUCGUCCCAUGCUCAUCUUCCAGGAGAAACAUGCUGAUAUUCUGCUUGAUGUGCUCGAAAAGGUCGCCAAGUCUCUUUAA